AUGAGAUUUACAGAAAUAGAUCAUUUUAGUCACCCACAUCGGCUUCUACUGGAAUCGGCUGAAGUUCCUUUUCGAUGCGAUGGAUGCAAAGAGCUUGGGUUUGGGUUGUGUUACCAAUGUCCCUACGAGAAGUGCAACUUCCAUCUUCAUAAAGAAUGCGGAAAUGCUCCACCUUCCACUUCCCAUCCGUUUUUGAAGAGAUGUAACUUCAAAUUCUACAAGGAAACUCCCGGAUGGCGUGCUAGGUUUUGCGACGCUUGCGGAUUGGACAUCAAGGGCUUCUUGUACCAAUGCUCCCACGAGCAUGCACACGAUUUACAUCCUUGUUGCGCUGAACUCCCCAGGAGCUUAUCGAGCAACGGGGAAAAAAUCUACCUUAGUAACCAAGUUCGAUCCAAAUGCUUGAAAUGCAAGAGGAAGGAAAUUGCAAAUGGAGUAAAGGGUUGGUCCUAUGUUUCUUCAUGUGGUAACUAUUGUUAUCAUGUAGCAUGUGUUAAGGAAGCGAUCAUAGAGAAUUGGCAAGGUGGUUAUUUUCAAUUAGAUGUUACCAAUGAAUUGCAAAUUAGUGGUCCAAGUCAAGAGCUAGCAGGCCGAAGUGGGGGAACCUCAGGGUGGAGGAAGGCUAGAAAAUUAUGGCUCAUUCUCAAGCUAGUGGUUUCGGCUAUAUUUGGUGAUCCGGUCACUCUAAUUUCGUCUUUGGUUCAAGCUUUGUUAGACUAA